AUGGAUCAGCCGGCGAGCAGCUGCAUGCGGAGCGCCCACCCGGGGUCCCCCAUCUGGGGCUGCAUGAGGAACCCUCACUCGGGGGUCCCGGGCGCCAACCUGCAGUCGCCCUACCAGCAGGGACCCUUCUCCCUGCACCAGAAGCCGGACUUCCUGGCCUACACGGACUUCUCCAGCACCUGCCUGGUGCCGACCCCCCCGCACGCCGCCUACCCCCGGGACGACCGGCUGUACCCGGAGAGCCAGGGCGGCUACCAGAGGGCCGAGUGGCAGUUCAACCCCUGCGAGACGCGGGUUAGAGCGCCCGAGGCCUGCCCGCCCGCCGUCCCCCCCGCUGCAGGGGUGGGCGGUGGAGGGCCCGACCUGGACAGUGUGGGGGGGGAGAGGCUGCCAGGCGCUGGGCCCGGCUGCCUGGAGGGAGAGUACUCACCCGGGAGCGUGGCGUCGGCCGACUCGGACAAGAAGAGCUCCAACAAGAGGAAGAGAGAUGUCACAGAUAACCAGGAGUCCGGGUUUAAGGUGGACUCCACCUGCAAGGCCCGGAAAGAGCGCACGGCGUUCACCAAGGAGCAGCUGAGGGAGCUGGAGGCCGAGUUCACUCACCACAACUACCUGACCCGGCUGCGGCGCUACGAGAUCGCCGUCAACCUGGACCUCACAGAGAGACAGGUGAAAGUGUGGUUCCAGAACAGGAGGAUGAAGUGGAAGCGAGUGAAGGGGGGGCAGUCGGCUUCUCCCAACGACCCGGAGAACGACGACAUCGACUCGGCCGCCUCGCCCAGCUCCGAAUGAACGAGGGGGGGAGGAGCCAGAGCCACCGCACACAAUGCGACGCCACCGGUGGAAACGCUGCGAGAAUCAAAA